AUGUUAGAUUCUGGUAUACAUCUUACUAGAAAUGGAAUUUCAACUUCAAUUUCUAGUAGGAGGUAAUAUUGGUUCUUAAUAAUUAAGAUGCAAGUUAAGACAUUCCUGAAAGUUAAAAAAUAAUUAAAAAUGUUAUUUAAAUAAUGUGAUAGUUCUUAAUAUGAUAAUUGUGCAAAUAAAGAAAAAUAAGAAGAAUUUUUUAAACAGCCUUUAAACACAUUUUUCUUGAUAAUAUAUAUGCAAUAAUUUAUUACUAAAUUGAAAGAUUAAAAAUAAUAUCUAUAUAAAUCUUUUUUAUUUUAGAUAAGGAAACUGCUCUAAGCAUUCAAUUAGUAUUAAAAAUAACAAAAUCAAUUAUAGAUUCAGGUUUCUUUUUAGAAUAAAUAAAAAAUUAAAAUAUUAUUAAUGAUCUUUUAACUACAUCAUAAUAAUUAACUUAGAAUGAAGUUUUGGAAGUAUAUUAUCUUAGAUUAUUCUUAAUUGGAAGAGAUAGUUUAUCUGAAAUCCUAUAAAUUAUUUAUUCUAAAUUAGGAGAGAUUCUUGCAGAUGUAAGUUUUAUCAUAUCUACACUUAUGA